GACAGGACCCAUUUUUCUUGGGGGACAUAUGCAAAUACACGGAGGUGUGGCUAACAGUAACAGUGCUCAGGCAAGCAACGUUGUCUGUUGGUCUUUUCAGUUAGCGACGGUGGAUUCUUGGGUGGUUGCUGGAUCCACCACCUACAGUAGAAAGUGUAUCAGGAUGGGGCAUUGAACAGAAUUUUGAAUCAGGGGUUGUAGAAUACUACAAGUAACCUUAACAAGAUGGAGGUGACAUCAGAGAUGAGAGCAGCGCUCAUGGAGGGGCACAUGACGGCGUUACCGCCAGACAAGUCCAACAUCGUUCGCAUCUUUAUGAGCUCCACUUUCUCAGACAUGGCUAAGGAGCGUAACAUCCUGCUGCAGAAGGCGUACCCUGAGCUGCGGGAGUUCUGUCAGAAGCAGGGGCUGGACUUCCAGGUCAUGGACAUGCGCUGGGGCGUAAGGGACGAGGUUGUGGCCGAUCACAUGACCUGCGCGCUGUGCCUGAUGGAGAUUGACACCUGCAAGAGACUGUCGGUCGGACCCAACUUUGUGGCAUUCCUAGGUAACCGGUACGGCUACCGUCCCAUUCCUGCAAAGAUAGAGGCAGAAGAACUGGACAUUCUCCUAAAGAAGGCCGGCGAACUAGACAUGGACACCGCCGUCAUCAAUGAAUGGUACCUCAAGGACGACAACGCCGUCCCCGCGGUCUGUUUACUACAGCCAAUCACCAGCAAGUUUAAAUAUUACACGGACAUGGAACCAGCCAAUGAGAGCCUGCGACUGAAAGACAAGGAGGGGUGGUAUCAGGUGACGGUUCAGCUGGAGAAUAUUCUCCGCACAGCUGUGAAGGCAGCUUACAAGGAAGGACUGGUGACUGAGGAACAGCAACACAAAUACAUCAAAUCAGUGACUGAGACGGAGAUCAGCAGAGGCAUCAUGGAGUCGACCGACGCAAACCAGCGAGCCGUGAUCUUCAUGCGGAACCUUCAGAACAUCGAGAAGCACGUGGGAGCAGACGCGGUCAGCGCCUACCUGGACCUGAUGGACAGGGAGAAGCUCAACGAAGAGUCCCAGAGCCUGCUGGAGGACCUGAAGGGGAAACUGCCGGCCAAACUGAAGAACGUUCACCAGUACGAGCUAGAGUGGACCGACAAGGGGGUUAAUGAAGACGUGGAAAGUCACGCCUCGUAUCUGGAACGGUUCAGUGACGACUUCGUGGCCGAUCUGAAAGCGAUGAUUUUCAAGAGCUUGCAGAGCGAGAGUGAACAAGAACAGAACGAUGACUGGUUUUUGACAGAAGUGAUCUCGCACGCACGUUUCUGCCAGGCGAAGUGUGAGAGUUUCUGCGGAAGACAGGAGAUCUUUGACGCUGUGUACACGUACAUGAAGGACACGGACAAGGCCAACCAUCAGCCGUUCGUGAUCCACGGAGCCUCCGGUAGCGGCAAGUCGUCCAUCAUGGCCAUGCUGGCGCAGAAUGCCGCCCAGAGGUUCGGAGAAAACCUGGUGACGAUCAUCCGUUUCCUGGGCACGUCCCCACACAGCACACUGAUCCACCCGGUUCUACAGAGCCUCUGUCUACAGAUAUGUGAGGUCUACGGCAUUGAGGCACCCGCGGAAAGAGUUCUCAACAACUUUGCUGAAAUCGUCCAGUACUUGUCCACGCUUCUGGACAAGGUGUCGGAGAAGGGUCGGCCGCUUCUCAUCCUUCUGGACUCCCUGGACCAAUUGUCGUCCGUGGACCGAGCCUACAGCCUGACCUGGCUGCCCAAAUCCCUCCCACCAAACGUCCACAUCGUGGUCUCCACCCUGCCCGAAGAGUUCGAUCUGCUGAAGACUCUGAAGCGCACCGUCCGCAGCGACAGGAGCUACAUCCAGGUGCCCACAUUGUCGGAACAGGUGGGGAGCGAGAUUCUGGACACGUGGCUCGCUCGGAUCCAGCGGUGCCUCACAGACAAACAAAGGGAAGUCAUCCUGUCUGCCUUCUCACACUGUCGGCAGCCGCUGUUCCUCAAGCUGGCGUUUGAUGAGGCUCGGAGGUGGAAGUCUUACACCCCAGAAUCGGAACUGCGGAUCGCCCAGUCGGCGAGGGCGGCCAUCAAUCUGCUGUAUGAGAGGCUAGAGGUGCAGCAUGGAACCAUCUUUGUGUCCCACACACUGGGGUACAUCGCUGCUGCCAGAAAUGGAAUAGCGGAACAUGAGCUGGAGGAUGUCCUGUCUCUUGAUGACGAAGUGUUGGACGACGUGUACCAGUACUGGUCUCCUCCCAACAAGGACGUGGUGCGCAUCCCUCCCCUCAUCGUCACCCGACUCAAGUACGACAUCAUGGAGUACCUCGCCGAGAGACAGGCGGACGGGAAGAGAGUCCUGCAGCUCUUCCACAGACAGUUCAUAGAGUGUGCCCAGGAGCGGUACCUGGCGGGAGACAACAGCCGAGCCCGUCACCACAUCCUGGCUGACUUCUUCCUCGGCACCUGGAGCAACGGGCGCAGGAAGGAGAUCACGAUGGACGUGAAUGGGAAGCGGGAGUACUACAACGCCGACCGGAACGUCGUGCCGCAGCCCGACAAGUACGACGACAACGUCUUCAACCGCCGCAAACUGAACGAGGUGACCUUUCACCUGCUCCACGCAGGCAGGAUGGACGACAUCUUCAAACACACUCUGGGUAAUCUGGACUUCAUGAACAACAUGAUUGAUGCGUUCAGUGUGAAGGAUCUGAUCGAGGAUUACAACAUGGUGCUGCAGCUGCAGGAUAACCUGGAGAUCAGGCUGCUCAGGGACGCUCUCAGGCUCAUCAAACCCACGCUAGAGUUUAAAGGAGGAUACACCAAUCCGUUGGCCACAGAGUUGGUCGGUCGCUUGGACUGGCUGAGCGACCGAUCCCGGCACAUUGGGUCCCUCGUGUCCCAGUGUCGUGCCUGGUGCUCGCGAUGGUGUGACAGGGACAAACUACCCCGUCUGGUACCCCAGGGCCAGCUAAAUAUCCAGUCACCGCAACGCUCCUGUUGCACGCGAUGGCACGAGAAGGAACCAGACAUGUCGGUGAUAACCCGUGGUGCUAGCUUCCCACCUCCAGCCUUUGAGCGAGACGCUGUCAACAGCCUGUCUGCAGAGCUGGUGGGUCGUCUGUCCUCGUAUAGCGCUGACUUUGUCAGGAUUAGGCAGUUACUGGGCCAGUGUCUGUCCUGGUGUAGUGCCAACUGUGUCAGUAGGGGGGCGCCCUCCUUCGUACCACAUGGUUCAAGCUUCCCUCCACCAGGCGGUCCCCUGCGGACGACCCUGGCCCAUCACAGAGCCGGCAUCACCUCCAUCGCCAUGACUCCAGACGGAGGCUACAUGGUGACGGCGGCGCGAGACUGUACCAUCCGCAUCUACGAGAACGAGUCGGACGUCAUGGAACUGGAGAGAACACUCACGGGACACACAGAUGCCAUUGAGGUAAUUUCUGCUGCCCCCAACAACGAGCUUCUGGUGUCUGGCUCGCUGGACAACACCCUGAAGGUGUGGAACCUGGAGACAGGCCGGCUGGUCAUCAGCAUGGAGGAGGACCACGCCCACUACAGCCACCGCGCCCUGCUCACCACCACCAGGGACUCACGCAGGGUCGUGUCACCUGUCGGCAAUGGGGUUAAUGUCUGGGACAUCGAGUCUGGGAAGCUGCAGUUCACCCUGAAGGGGCACGAGGGCGCUGUUUCCUGCCUGGCAGUUUCCCACGACAACCGGUACAUCAUCACCGGAGCAGAGGACAACAGCAUCAAGAUGUGGGGCACAGAGACAGGCGAGAUGAGAAACACCUUCUCCACACACACAGGUCACCUGACCUGCCUGAGGGUCACCCAGAAUGCCAGGAUUGUUUCCGGGUCAAAGGACGCCACGCUUUCUGUCAUAGACAUGGAGAGCGGGGAGGUGGUUCACAGGUUAGAAGGGCACUCCCACCCGGUGUACUCUCUAGCCAUCACGUCAGACGGGAAGUAUGCGGUAUCCGGGUCGGACAAGGUGGUGAAACUGUGGGACUUGUCUGAGGGAAGAGAGAUCCGCCACAUGCAGGGGCACUACGGCAUCGUGGACUGUGUGGCCAUCACCAGCGACAACAAGGUCAUCGUGUCCGGAGCUCGGGACGAACACCUGAACGUCUGGGACUUCGGGAGCGGCCGGCUUGUCCAGACGCUGGACGGACAGGCGGCAAAAAUCACGGCCAUGGAGGUGACGGGGUACAUCGUGGUGACGGCGUCCACCGACUCCUACUACACAAAGGUUUGGGAAGUCGAACAGAGCAAGAUGAAGAUGUCCACCCCCAGGUUCAUCGACAAGCACAGCAUUGUGGGAGUGACGUGUGAUGCAGGGUACGUGGUGUACAAACGGGAGGGCAGCGAGAACGAGGUGAGCGUGUGGAACUCAAAAGACGGCAAAGACGUCCGAACUAUCACUGACAAGGAUGGCUCUGUAACCUACCUGAGAAUCACUCACGACAACAACUGUGUGGUGACUGGAGACGAGGCAGGUUUCAUCAAGCUGUGGAACCUGAACACGGGCCAGUUUAUACGGCAGUUGGACCAGGGCGCAGGUGGCAUCAGGUGCUUCUGGAUCACACGUAUGGACAGGUACCUGGUUGCAGUCACAGACAACAACUCCGUGUCAUCCUGGGACAUUGACUCCAUGACGCUUCUCUGGACCCGCAAACCGAACUGUGAUGGAAAAAUCACCUGCGUCACCAUGACAGACGACCGGAAAUACACCGCAGUCGGCACGGACGAUAAGCAGAUUCUGGUCUUCGAUAACAAGCAGGACAAAGUUGUGUAUGUCCUGGUGGGCCAUGACAGCCCGCUGACGUGUCUGAGCGUCAGCCACGACCAGAAGUUGUUGGCAUCAGGGUCGACGGGAGAGACCAUGCGGGUUUGGGACCUGGGCACGGGCAGACUGGUGCACGAGCUGUACGCCAAGUCUCCCGUGUUCAAAGGGAUCGUGUGCCUGUCGUUCAGUCACGACGACAAGUACCUGCUGACUGGGGGCCACGACAGGUCACUCAAGAUGUGGGACCUCCAAACAGGAAACAUGGUGACUGCCCAGUAUGUGUACGCAACCAUCACCAACAUCGUGGCCAACCGAGACAACAUUGUCCUGACAACAAAACUAGGCUACGUCAUCAUUGAGGACAUUUUGCUUCCCUCGCCAAGAACUCCGGAACCGGAGGAAGAAAACCUGUUCAGUGGACGGUCUGUGAACGGGAAUGCAGAUGAAGCUGAUCAGCCGGUUUUAAAAGUCAGGAGUCGUAUGAUGAAGAAAUCUAACUUCUGUCAAAUUUUGUAAUAGCAUCUCUUCUCCCUAAUUAAGUCAGACAGUCUGUCAACGGGAAUGCAGAGGAAGCUGAUCAGCCUGUUAUCAAAGUCAGAAGCCGCAUGAUGAAGAAAUCUAACUUCUGUCAGAUUCUGUAGGAUUUGGAUUUCAUACAAUAGUUGUUUUUUAUCAUUGGCCAGUUAAAGGUGUGACCCGAAGGCCAUUCCAAGCCUACAGGUUAAUUACACGAAUCAGACUGUAGAAGCAUCACAACUCACAGUAAAGACUUUGUAUAUAAGAACAACUUUGUAUAUAAGAACAAGUAUUUUGAUACCUGAGAGCCUAAGAUUAUAUAUUGUGCAAUAUUUCCUGUGGGAAUUUUGUGAUUUCUUGUUAUUUAAGCAACAUUGAGAUUGUAUAUGCAUGUACUCGUACAUGUACAUGUACAUGUACAUGUACAUGAUACAUAAUAUAAGAAAUAUGUCUGAAUCAGGGAAUGUAUAAUGCCUAUAGGUACAAAUUCCUAAUGUUUUACUACAAGCAGUGCUUGCACAACAAUGUAAAAGUUAUGUAUGAUCAGAUGCAUUGUAAAUUCAAGAUCUUGUUACAAGUAGUACAUUUGAUAAUAACUUUUACAGCAAACUGUGCAAAGGGAGCUGGGUUCAUCUAGCUAUAGGUGUCAUUGUAGAAGAUUGAGUUGUAUUUUAGAAGAGCCUGGCUAUCAAAUUUAGAGUAG